ACUCUCCGCUAGUCCAGUUUUCCGCGCGCCAAAAUAGCAGCCCAGCCUGCGGCAUUGGUCGUUGUCGCGCUAAUAAUUUUUUCGCGUGCAAAGGUGGAUGCUCGAGCUCCUGCAAAACGGCAUCAUCAAGCACUUGAGCUUGGAACCUUUGGAAUCCUUAUCGCCGGUAGCCUCGACCUCAAGAGCAUUGUUUUCUUCCCCCGUCCCACACCUCAUCGGCGCCCUCGUCCUCACCAUCCAACUAAUCAACAAUGUCUGGUGCUUCAGCCGCCCCGACGCCAAUGCCUCCCGGCACCCCCGUCGCAGUUCCUGUCGAGUCGUCCGUAUGGGAUCGCAUCACCAGCUGGGCGUCGGAGAACAAGGCCGUCGUCUACACCAUUGCAGGAGUCACUCUCGUCGUAACAGCUGCUGGCGUUGUUUACUAUCUCAACGACGAUUCGAAACCUAAGGCCAGCUCACAACCCAAACUUAGCAAGAAGGAACGAAGGAAACGCAAAGAAGCUGAGCGCCAGGCCGAGGCUGGCAAGGAUAAAACUGCUACGUCACCACCCCAGAGCUCCCAGAAACAGCAAGCAGCUACGCCGGCAGAGGCAGCUCGAGAGAUUCCCGAAAUUACAGAAGAACUUGUCGCCACCCUCAAUGAAGAUCAGCGGAAGGACUAUGCCUUGCAGCUAAAGAAUUCGGGCAACAAGGCCUACGGUGGCAAGGACUAUAACCAAGCCAUCGAUCUGUACUCGCAGGCCAUCCUAUGCAAGCCAGACCCGAUAUUCUACUCCAACCGCGCCGCAUGCUACAAUGCCCUCAGUGUCUGGGACAAGGUUGUCGACGACACAACCGCAGCGAUUAACCUGGACCCCACAUAUGUCAAGGCCCUGAACCGACGAGCCAAUGCCUACGAACACCUCAGCCAAUUCAGUGAGGCGCUGCUGGACUUCACUGCCAGCUGUAUCAUUGACGAGUUUAAGAACGAGUCGAGUGCUAACGCAGUGGAGCGGUUAUUGAAGAAGGUGGCCGAGCAGAAAGCCGAGAGUAUCUUGGCCUCCAAGAACCCCAACAAGCUUCCAAGUCCUACCUUCGUCUCCAACUACAUUCAAAGCUUCCGUGUCAAGGACAGACCGGCCGGUUUGGAGGAUUCGGAUGAGCAGCCGGCCGAAAGUGGCAAGGGGCAGCUGCAAAUCGGUCUGAGUGCCAUGGACAGGAAGACCCACGAAGGCUACGAGGAGGCGGCCAUUGCCUUUGAGAAGGCCCUGGAGCUGGGUGAACUCGGCGAAUAUGAGGCUCUUGCAUACAACAUGCGUGGUACUUUCAGGUGUCUGCGUGGGCUUCAGGACGAGGCGUUGGCGGACAUGGACACAAGUAUUGAACUCGAUCCGUCUAUGACGCAGAGCUUCGUCAAGCGAGCCAGUAUGCACCUUGAGAGAGGGGCGCGUGAUAAGGCGGCAGCGGACCUGGAGAGGGCAGUAGCGCAGAACGAGCAGGACCCGGACAUUUACUACCAUCGUGCGCAGUUGCACUUCAUCCACGGCGAGUUCCAGGAAGCUGCCAAGGACUACCAAAGGUCCAUCGACCUCGACCCCAAAUUCAUCUUCUCUCAUAUUCAGCUUGGUGUAACGCAGUACAAGAUGGGCUCCAUAGCGUCUUCGAUGGCAACGUUCCGAAGAUGCGUCAAGAACUUUGACAAGGUCCCUGACGUCUACAACUACUACGGUGAAUUGCUCCUCGAUCAGGGCAAGUACGAGGAGGCAGUCGCCAAGUUCGACACCGCCAUGGAGAUGGAGAAGCAGACCAAGCCGAUGGCCAUGAAUGUACUGCCGCUCAUCAACAAGGCUCUUGCCCUCUUCCAGCAGAAACAAGAAUUCACUGAGGCCGAGAAGCUUUGCGAGAAGGCCUUGAUUAUCGAUCCCGAGUGUGACAUCGCGGUCGCUACCAUGGCCCAGCUGUUGCUCCAACAAGGCAAGGUCGUGGAUGCCCUGAAGUACUUCGAGCGGGCAGCCGAAUUGGCAAGAACGCCAGGUGAGAUUGUCAAUGCGCUCUCUUAUGCGGAGGCUACGCGUACGCAGCUCGAAGUCCAGGAGAAGUACCCACAGCUAGCUGCAAAACUGUCGGGAAUGGGGACCGGUGCUGCUUCCGGCGGCGGCGGAUUUCCCGGCUCCCGUUAAGCCUCCCUACCCAUACUAGUUAGCACCAGCAAACGUGAUUUAGAGCCACAACUCCCCUUGCGUGUGUUUGUAGUGCUGGGAAGCCUUGGCCGGGAUUGACCAGGCGGGCCGUGUACGUUUGAAUGUGAAGGCAUGGGACUGCCCAAGCCGUGUGCUGUUUUGACCAAACCUGGGCCUCCACUACGGAAGCAGGGUUGGCAUGACUGAACGAGGCUUUUUCUGACUGGAGCGGGACACCUUAGUUUUAUAGGCUAGGGGUUCGCACAGCCUGGAAAGACAGACGCCCGAUGGUGACGAUUUGACAUUGGAGCAUUGGUUGGAGUGAAGCCGCACCGCAUUGCGAUGUGGCCUGUAUUGUACAUACCGUAAUACCUCCCUCCCCUCGGUACAUGGACGUAGAUUAUGCGAAUGCGAUAAUGAGUCUACGUGAGUAUAAGUGUAUGCUUCCUGGUACGUACCACUUGAAGUUUCAUCCGCCAUACGACCGGUCGG